GUGAAAUGACAAUCUUGAAGACUAAACUGCCAUAAACAGAAGUAAGGGAAUAUUUGACAGACCUUUUUUUUUGAGCACCUAUUAUGUGCUUGCUUUGGGCUACAGAGGUCAGUCAUAAGAUAUUUGUCUUUUACGGUAUAGAAGAGCUCAGACUCCUGUGAAGAUUUCCGUGGUGGGGAGUGAGGAUGCGUUCCAAGAUUCCCUGUGAAAAAGCGUUUCAGUUAAUGAGUCCGGUCUGUAAAGGGGGUAUAUGUAGGCUUCAAUUAGUAAUUCAGUUUGAUUGAAAUAUAGCAGUGUUUCCUGGGCUUGAGUCAUUCUGCCAUUACCAUCUCCAUAUUCACCUGUGUUGUUAUUUAUUUAAUAUUUUUCUUUAAGUCAAUUUACAUUUUUGUAGUUAAAUUUCUUUAAGGAAACUUUGUAAUCUUGUGACAGUUGCCACUGGUAAGGUGCCUAUAAAAAUAAAUACUGUGAAAAUGAAACAGUGUUAUUAGUAUUGCCUGCUCGAGGCUCUGCAUCGAAUGCUGCUUGUUUUAAAAAGGGCGAUUGAUGUUAGAUGUUUAAGAGGUGUCUGUCAGGAUUUGAUUUUACCCUACUUGUAAGCUAAUAUUUUAUAGCCUGUUACUGUUUCAUGGAAGCUGGCAGAAGACGUGAGACUCCUGAGUCAGAGACAACUCACAGCACAGCAAACAGCAGGAGCAUCAAGUUUGUGUUGGUUGCUCUUAUUUCCCAACUCUUACAGGUGUUACAUGGAGAGGCCCAGACGGAUGCUACACAUUCGUUCUGAAGAUGAAGUGGAUGUGCUUUUACAUGGAACUCCUGACCAGAAACGAAAACUCAUCAGAGAGUGCCUUACUGGAGAAAGUGAAUCGUCUAGUGAAGAUGAAUUUGAAAAAGAAAUGGAGGCUGAAUUAAAUUCCACCAUAAAAACAAUGGAGGACAAGCUGUCCUCUCUGGAAACAGGGUCUUCCCUGGGAAAUGGGAAAGUUGGAGCAGUUCCCACAAAGUACUAUGAUGAUAUAUAUUUUGAUUCUGAUUCUGAGGAUGAAGACAAAGCAGCACAGGUGACCAAGAAGAAAAAGAAGAAACGACACAGGAUUCCAACAAAUGAUGAAUUGCUGUAUGAUCCUGAGAAGGAUAACAGAGAUCAGGCCUGGGUUGAUGCGCAGAGAAGAGGCUACCAUGGUUUUGGAAUGCAGAGGCCUCGUCAACAACAGCAGCCUGUUCCAAAUAGUGAUGCUGUCUUGAAUUGCCCUGCCUGCAUGACUACACUGUGUCUUGAUUGUCAAAGACAUGAAUCGUACAAAACUCAAUAUAGAGCAAUGUUUGUGAUGAAUUGUUCUGUCAACAAAGAGGAGGUUCUAAGAUACAAAACCCCAGAGAACAGGAAGAAGAGGCGAGGCCAUAAGAAGAUGAGGACCAACCGUGAAGAUGCUGCAGAGCAGGCAGAGACGGAAGUGGAGGAAAUCUAUCACCCAGUUGUGUGCACCGAGUGUGCCACUGAAGUGGCAGUCUACGACAAGGAUGAAGUCUUUCAUUUUUUCAACGUUUUAGCAAGUCAUUCCUAAGUAGCUAAGUUGGCGUUUAAUUGCCCAAUACUGUGUAUAAGGCAAGUAUGGACAGUUAUUUUUCUCCUGCCUCUUCAUAUCAAGUGACAUUCUAGUGGUUGUGUUUUGUCUUUAUCUUUUUGAAAGAGAAUGGUUAUCAUCCUUCAUCCCUCCCCCUCCUUUUUUAAAAACUUUUCCACAGCUCUGAUGGGACUGGUAAUUCAUUCCUUUUUGAUGGACCUUUGGAAACUGUGGGGCUUUUUAUUUAUCAAAGCCCUUUAAAAUUAAAGUGUUCUGGAGUUACAAGUAA